UAAAGAAAUGAGAAUAUUAUUUCUCUAUGUUGCUAAAAAAUUAUCUGAUGGCGAUCGAUUGCCGCAUUGGGAGUUACUCAUGGAUGCAUAUUCUGAAAUUAUGGCACAAAAUUCUACUUCUGAUUGGUCUACCGACGGCAAAACGGAAUAUUUAAGUACAAAUAAAUCAUCUGAAAAGGAAUUAAUGGCAGAAGAUGAAUAUGCCUUCCAAGAAAACAAACUUACUUUUGGAAAAGACUUGAAAAAUUAUAAUAUUGAAAAUAGUGUAAUAAACAAUCUGGAAGAGAAAUCCGUUCUGGAUGUAAUUAUUGAAGCGACAUACAAUAUGUAUGCUAAUGAAUUACGAUAUGACCUUAUAUAUGCAGUUUUUGUAAAACCAAUACAAAUGCAAAUGUUUCUUAUGCCCAAUCAAGUACAACGUCAAAUUAAACUAGCGCAUUCUAGAGGAUCAUUUGACGUAAAGCUUCGUGAACGAUUAGAAGAGGUUGCUCGUGAAUCAAUAAUUAAAAAUGGAAAGAAAAGAACUAAUGACACGAGAAAAAACCCAAUGAUCGAAGAUUUCGAAAUUCCUCCAACACCACUAGCUUCAUUAAAUGAGGAAGAAAUAUUAGCUAAUAAUAGUUGUCGAUUUAUUCUACCAUUGAUAGAAGCGAAAGAAGCGGCGCAGAUCUUCGAAAUCUUGCAUGGAAGGAAAUCUAGUAAAAAAUAAAUGUCCAAUUUGA